CCUCCAUAAUAUUCAGGAAGAUUUUAUCAAGCUCCUGGCUCACCGCUGUUCUUCUCCAAACUAAAGAAUAAGUCGGCCAGAUAAUAAACAAACAUGUCCCACUACAAGGAAACUGGCAAGGCCCCUGCAGAGGAGGCUACUAUCCAUCGUAUUCGAAUCACACUCACCAGCCGCAAUGUAAAGAGCUUGGAAAAGGUGUGUGCUGAUUUGAUCCACGGAGCCAAAGAAAAGAACUUGAAAGUGAAAGGACCAGUAAGAAUGCCAACUAAGACCCUUCGAAUCACUACCCGUAAGACACCCUGUGGUGAAGGUUCAAAGACUUGGGAUCGUUACCAGAUGCGCAUUCACAAGAGAUUGAUUGAUCUUCACUCACCAUCUGAGAUUGUGAAGCAGAUUACAUCCAUCAGCAUUGAACCAGGAGUAGAAGUUGAGGUGACCAUUGCUGAUGCAUAGACUCUACAACAGCAAGUCUGUCAUAUUUAUCUGCAUUCAUGUAUCAGAUACGUUCUGUGUAUGAAUUUAGAGACAAUAAAAUGGUGAAAUAUGUUUAAAAU